UCAACUAGCAGGCGAUAUGCUACCUUGUUUAGCUCUUGCUAUGGUUUAAAACACUAUGUAUUUCAGGAGUUUGUCUCUAUAAGAAGACCCUGUGAUACAAAGACCUUCCCGGGAAGCGGUCCCGUUGUCUGUCGUCGUUAGAAAGCCCUCGUGCUUGAUCGUUCCCUCCUGAAGGUGCUAACCUGCAGCAAGAGAUGCUGACUGUAUCUCUGUGCCCAGCUGCUCCACGACACGACUAAUAUGGUGUCUGCCUGAGGGAAGAUAAUGGACAACGGCAAACCGAGUCAAGUGUGUCGGCCCAAGCGGUUCGGUGAAUCCUCCCAGGUGUUCCACUGCGGGGACCAGGCGGGGGGGGUGCUGCGGGGCCUCAGCCAGCAGCGGCAGCAGCACCAGCUGUGUGACGUGGUGCUGCUGGCCGACAGCAGGCGGCUCCCGGCCCACCGGGCCCUGCUGGCCCUCUCCAGCCCGUACUUCCACGCCAUGUUCACCCUGGGCAUGAGGGAGAAACGCCAGGAAGAGGUGGAGCUGGUUGGGAUGUCCUACAUUGGUCUGAAGGCUGUAGUGGACUUCCUGUACAGCGGGGAGCUGCCUGCUACGGGGGGGAACAUUGAGUCUGUGCUGGAGGCGGCCCACCUCCUGCAGGUGUGGCGGGUGGUGGAUCUGUGCUAGUACCUGGAGGGGGGGCUGAGUGAGGACAACUUCCUGUUCCUGCAGCAGCUGGCCCUGCUGUACAGCCUGGAGCGCCUGGACUCCUGCGUGGACCGCUUCGUCUUCACACACUUCGCCUCGCUGUCCUUCACCCCCGACUUCCUGCAUCACCUUCCUCUACACAAACUCUCAGCGUACCUCUCCAGCGGACAGGUGCAGCAUGACAGCGAGCAGGCGCUCCUGCAGGCCUCCCUGCGGUGGCUCAGCACCACUCCUGAGCGCACCCCCCACGCCAGGCAGCUCCUCUCCCACAUCCGCUUCCCCCUGAUGGCGGGGGGGGAGCUGGUGGAGCGGGUGGUGCCGGCGCUGAGGGCCCUGCUGACGGAGGAGAGCUGCCAGGCUCUGCUGCAGGAGGCUCUGGGAUACCACGCUACGCCCAGCGCUCAACCACUGCUGCAGACAGGAAGCACCCUGCUGAGGGGGGGCGCGGAGCAGCUGCUGCUGAUUGGAGGAGAGGUGUCGGAGCGGGGGGAGGAGCUGAGCGCCAACGUGUGCCGGCUGGACGCUGAAACAGGAAGCUGGUCGGUGGAGACGGAGCUGCCGGCCCAGCGGAGCCACCACUGCCUGGCCGUGCUGGGGGGCUUCAUCUUCACUGCUGGGGGCAGCUCGUCCAGGGACAGCGGGGGGGAUGCUGCCUGUAACCUGCUCCACAGAUACGACCCCCGCCACAACCAGUGGUCCCGGGGAGCUCCAAUGAAUGAGCGGCGGGUGGACUUCUACCUGGGGGCGGUGGGAGAGAGCCUGAUCGCUGUGGGGGGGAGGAAUGACUCUGGAGCCCUGUCCUCUGUGGAGGUGUACUGUCCCGCCCAGGACUCCUGGUCCUAUGUGGCUCCACUGCCCAGGCUCACCUAUGGCCACGCCGGGACGGUCCACAGAGGAGUGGUCUACAUCUCAGGAGGUCACGACUUUCAGAUCGGCCCGUACCGCAGACAGGUCCUGAGCUAUGAGCCGUCCCGGGACAGCGAGGUGUGGACGGAGCGGCCGGCCAUGACUCUGGCGCGGGGCUGGCACUGCAUGGCCUCCCUCAAACACCUCAUCUACGCCCUGGGGGGCAGCGACGACGACGAGGACACCACGGAGCGCUUCGACAUCCUGAGGGUGGAGUCCUACGACCCCAGCAGCGGGCAGUGGACCCGCCUGGCUCAGCUGCUGCUGCCCAACAGCGAGGCGGGGGUGUCCGUGUGGGCGGGGAGGAUCUACGUGCUGGGGGGCUACAGCUGGGAGAGCAUGGUGUUCUCCAGAGCCACGCAGGUGUACGACCCCGACAAGGACUCGUGGACCAGAGGCCCCGACCUGCCUAAAUGUGUCGCAGGAGCCUCAGCGUGUGUGUGCACUGUGAAGCCCUCCCCCCCCCCAACCUCUCUGGGGGAGAAGAAGAAGGGGAAAGGAGCAUUACCCCCCACGUGACAACAGCGAAGGACUAUCUUAUACAAGGCUGGACCUCAUAGAGUCCUAUCGAGAACACGGAAAUGUUGAGUACCCCAAAGUAUUAUGUUAGAAAUGUAUAGUACGGGUCCCCAGCAAGUAGAAACUGCCGGAUGCUAACUUCCAAAAAAAUGUUGGCCAUAUUUGUACUCUCUAUAUCCAAUGGUCGUAACACUACUCAUGGUAGUCCAAAUCAAACUACAAAGAGAAAAAAUAUGGCCACUUUCUGGUUUAAACUGCCAUUUUUUAUCCUAAAACGGUCAGAAAUUAAUUCAGCAUCUUCAAUAACCCCCUCAACCACUCCAAAACUGUCCAAAUCGACCCAACCAUUUUAAUAUCACUACUGAUGCUAGGUUAGCAUCCAGCAUAUGUGCUGGGGACCCUACUAUGUUUACCCCUCCUGUCGUGUUUGUUUCACCCCCCUUACUUUGGUGUUAACACAAACCCCAUUAAUCAUCACCACAUUUGAUUGAACACCCUUUUCAGCUGUAAACACUCUCUCAGACUACUGGUUUUCAUGAAUUACUGCAGUGAAUAUACAAAGAAUAGACACUGAAAAUGUGUUCCAACAUUAACAUGUUUGUCGAUAUGUGGCUGUUCCUCUGAUGGGUGAACAUACUGUAGGGUUACCCAUUCAUUUCACCAUAGGUCUUACAAAGUGGACUAAACUACUCAACAUUCAAUGAAAGUGGUGAUCAGCAAUUUGAUAUGUUCAAAUGCCUAAUGGAGGACAUCAUAAGGCCUUGAAGCAAUCAAAUGUAAAACACAAUAUUUAUGAUUGAUGAAAGUAGUAGAUUUGACCCGAACAUGACAGGAGGGUUAUUAGAAGAUAUAUAUUUGUUAUGUCCCCUACAUGGGUAACAACAGUUGUUUUCGCCAUGAGCUCAGGAGCAGAGUUGGGUGUAAUAAUAUUACUUUUGUCGGUAACGGAGUAGUGUAACGCGUUACUUUUAUAAUUCAGUAAUCACACUACAGUUACUAACAUUGCCCCGACACGCGU